CUCCUCUUUCUCCUCUUCUUCUUCUUUUUCUUUUUCUUCUUUUUCAACUGCGGUGCCGUAAUAAUAGUUCCCUUAAGGAGCAGGUCAAAGCUUGUCGAUGUGAUCGAGGUCGUCUAAGCUGAUGGAUAGGAAAUGAGCUGCUCCAACGAUUCCAGACAUUAGGUGAUGGUUGUUGUCUGAGUCAGGGUACAAAGAGGUAUCUAGCAUCACUUGGAGACUCGUUGUGCGCUGGACAUAUAUAAGGUUCUAACCCAUGAUGCUCCAUCUGCUAGAAGUGGCUGCUACUAACCACUUGAUUGCUUUAAUAUUGUGACCUGAAAAUGAGGUGUCAAGUUUCCAAUCGAACUCUUCAUCUAUAAUCGUCGGUGGCUGAGUUCCAAGGAAGUCAUUUAUUGAGUUGAAAGAGUUGAAAGAUUCGUGAUUAACUCUCUAAGAACGAUCGGCUCAUUUGUACGGUAAUUCCUUACUAAAGUACCUAGGUAGCUGUUUUAAGCCGAUAUCUACGGGCGUAAUCACGGCACUUUGCCAGAUAUUUCAGGUAUUGUCUGCAAAGCUUUGCAAGUUUCAAAGUGUAAGUCCACCAUUUGCACAGACAAAGUGAUAAGACCUACAUCAAAAAUUGUGGAAGAGGUCGACUAAGCUCGUUGAAAUUAUGGGUCUAGAAUUAAUCGCUCAGGAUUCUAAGCGAAUUUCCGAUUACAAGAAGAAUAUGAAAAUCAACCUUGGUCUGCUGCUACUGCUGACGAUCUCUAUGAGUCAAACCGUUGCCAUUUUGGGCUUCCAUGAAUUCUGCAGUGGAAUUAUGAACCAAAAGCAAUUUUCGCAACUGCCCUGCGCCUGCCUUGCUCUGCUUCAAGUAAAAUUUGACUUCGAAAUAGCGUAACUACUUUACUGUUGGACCGACAGCUCAUUUCAGGCAUCGGUACUCUAAAUGCCUGAAAAUACUUUAAUGAGAACAGUUUUCGGGUGUUAGCUUCUUUUAUACAGGAAUCUAACUUUCAGAAUAGUUUUUGUUUUGGCUUCAUCGGAGCAACUAGUUCUUGAUCGACGAAGAACAAUUGCUCAUCAUAUUAUAUGAGAAGACCGGAGAAGAAGCGUUAAAGCGGUUAAUAGGAUAUUUGCGAAUUUUUAAGCCUGAUAAAAGUAAAGAAAGUGAUAUUCUGAAGCCGUUUCAAACGAUACUAGAUUACAUAAACUUCACCAUCACUCUCAGCAUCAGUCUCGAGUUCAUCACAUAUCACAUUCAAGGGAACUGCGACUUCUAAUAUUUGCUUGCAGUACGUGAUCAUGAGCACGGCGCAUGUUCAAAGCUACGGUACUUUUUCUUUACCUUUAGUCUGCAUUUUGUGUCUCCAUUGUAUUCGGAUCUUGUGACGUCUGUCUUUAGAAGUUUUAUUGUUCUUCUUAAGUAAAUAUUUUUGGGUUGAGCCAUUGUUUCAUUAGAAAGAUCCCGAAUGAAGUUUCAAAUCAAAAUGGUAUAUAAACGGUUUGUGAACAGAGUUUGAUCAGCAAUUCGCUAGUGUUAUUUCACAAUAGCAACAACUAAUUUGGAAAGAUGAAAUUCUUCGCAGUACUACUCCUUGUCGCCAUCGCAUUCGCUAUCGCUGAGGCACGUUUUGGCCGCAUUCUCGGUGGUCGUGGUGGCCCUGGUGGUAAUCCUCCACAAGGUGGUCCAGGUGGUCCCGGUGGCAGUCCACCACAAGGUGGUCCAGGCGGUCCAGGCGGUCCAGGUGGUCCAGGCGGUCCAGGCGGUCCAGGCGGUCCAGGUGGUCCAGGCGGUCCAGGCGGUCCAGGUGGUCUUCCUCCAGUCAACGCUACAUCUGUUGCACCCUCCGCUUCAUCAAGUGAAGCUCCCGCUGCUAAUGUGACCGUUUCAGCAUAGAUUCUCUUAAGAAUUUUAUGUCGAUUAGGAUUCAAUGCAUUGUUUUCAAUAAAUAAAAGAAUUUAGCAAAAAAAAAAAUUGUUGCU